AUGGCGGCCGAGGGGGUUUUACCGUUUGCUAACAAGACCAAACCAAAACAUCGCACAUUAGGCUGGUUAACAAUCCGAAGAUCUCGUAAGAAUAAGUACAAUUUGCAAGAUGCAAGCCCUAAUUGUUAUCUACAUCCUGAUGAUGGGCCACUUGCCAAUGGUGUCGUCGACGAAGAUGAUAUUCCGAAGUUGGUUGAACGACUACACUUGAUGGAAAAUGAGCCAACUCAUCUUGACCCUCAAAUUGUCAUCACCACUCAGAAACAUCUCAUCGAUGCCUUGAGACGAGAAAACGGGGCGCUCCGUCUCCUGCGAUAUCAAGUAGACCUCUUGAGGAAAGAAAACACUGAGCUGAAGAAAGAUGUAGACAAGUUGAAAUCAAAGAAACAGAAAAAUGGCCUCAAGAUUGAGGAAAAUGGUGAGGACCACAAAGUCCCAGAGACUAAUGGGAAGGACACUGGGGCUACUCUGAGGAGGGAAGCUUCAGAGGAACAUCUCGUCAGCUUAAGAAUGGAGAAUGAGAAGCUGAGAAAGAGCAACGAUCAACUACAGAGCUGCUUGGAGGAGCACAAGAAAGCUGAACGCAAACAAAAUGGCAGUAGGAAUGGACUGACCAAUGGGGAUACUCAUAGGACUGAAACAACCAAUGGGAUGUCCAGUGAGGAUGAGGUUGAGGACAGACAAAAUGGAAGGCUGUCACCGAGAAGUAACGGAGUAGGAGAGGACAGAGUUGACGGGAAGACGUCAAGGCCAACGUUGAAGAAAGGGAGUGAUAAUGGGGCGGGGACAAGCGGGACUAGCUUGGUAUCAGUCAAUUGUCUCCGAAAGGUUGAGGGCUCCUUCCACGACUGUGAUGAGAUCUUGGAGCAGAGGCUGAAGUCCCAUAUGGCUGCAAAGGGUGUUGAUCUUGUGCUGAAUGAGUGGAGCCCUGGCAGGGACCAUCACAUGGUCACGCUGGUGCACUGCGUCGCAUCCAACGAUGCCACUAAGAACAUUAAAAAAGCUCUGGACGGAGUCAGUAGUGAUGCAGAGAUUGUACUGGUUGUCUUCCACACAGCAAGCCAAGAUGCAAAGAGGAAAGAUCCUGAAACAGAGUCUCUUAGCCUUCCUGAACUCUCCAAUGCCUGCCUAGUGGUAGACGUCUUCUUCAGUAAGAAGGACAGUCUGUAUCGCUGUAACCAGAACAACAAAGCCAUGUCUCGACUCUUACACCUUUUUGAGAUGAUUUGUUGAGUUGUUUGUCAGAACCCAAACGGGCAGUUGGUAAGCGUUGAGGCUGGGGGAACCAAUUUACACACUGAGAUAUGCAUCAUAACGGAUGAUCAAAGUGAAUAUUCAACAACUAUGGAUUACUCAUGGAGUAUUCUGCAAUGGAGUGUUCAGCAGUAUUCUGACCAUGGAGUACUCUGCAGUGUUCUGAUAUGGCCAUGGAGUAUUCUGCAGUAUGCUGAUGGAGUAUUCUGCAGUAUGCUGAUGUACUGUGGAGUAUUCUGCAGUAUGCUGAUGUACUGUGGAGUAUUCUGCAGUAUGCUGAUGUACUGUGGAGUAUUCUGCAGUAUGCUGAUGUACUGUGAAGUAUUCUGCAGUAUGCUGAUGUACUGUGGAGUAUUCUGCAGUAUGCUGAUGUACUGUGAAGUAUUCUGCAGUAUGCUAUUCAUGGAGUAUUCUGCAGUAUGCUGAUGGAGUAUUCUGCAGUAUGCUGAUGGAGUAUUCUGCAGUAUGCUGACCAUGGAGUACUCUGCAGUGUUCUGAUAUGGCCAUGGAGUAUUCUGCAGUAUGCUGAUGGAGUAUUCUGCAGUAUGCUGAUGUACUGUGGAGUAUUCUGCAGUAUGCUGAUGUACUGUGGAGUAUUCUGCAGUAUGCUGAUGUACUGUGAAGUAUUCUGCAGUAUGCUAUCCAUGGAGUAUUCUGCAGUAUGCUGAUGGAGUAUUCUGCAGUAUGCUGAUGGAGUAUUCUGCAGUAUGCUGAUAUACCAUGAAGUAAUCUGCAGUAAGAGGCUGAUGAAAAUGCUUCAAAAUGCUCAAAAGUACUGAAUUAUUUUUAACUAAACUUUUAAUUUUGUUUUAUAUAUAUCAUACUUUUACGGUUCAACAAAAACUACUUAUUGCAAAUUUUAUUUGUUGUUAUUAUUGAUAUCAUUGGUCCAAGAUGACUGAUAUUUCCAACACUUUUUAUUUCAUUCAGUGAAUUAUAUUGUAAGUUUUCGUUUUUUAUAUAUUUGUUAUAUCUUGUGGAAGGAGGGAGAUCUCAGAAAAAUACUCACACACAAAGUGAGAUGGGAGUUUGAGAAGGUCACACACUCGUACCUUAAAAUUUUUUAAAUGCAUGUACACACAAAAUCAAACCAAAGUUGUGAGGUCAAUAUUCGAUUCCUAUUCGCAGGAAAUUUUAGCCAGGCUUGAGAGAACGCCCUUUGAUUAAAAGUUAACUGGCAUGUGACAAGUACCAAUUGGGUUAGGCUGGUACGUCUGAUGUCACUGCCAGCAUCCAUGACUAGUAUUCAAUCACUGAAAUCUGCAUUUAAAUUCAAUGUGAAAACUUUGUUUAAAACUAAAAAAAUUAUGAAGAAAAACAACUAUGGGAGAACAUAGCAACACAGCAACUCCGCAAAGGAACGGGUACAAAUGCCAAGGGAAGUGUUUGCUUUAUACUCAUUCCUACUUAGCAAUCCUCAUUGUGCUAAGCUCUGCUACUGCUGCAUGUUAAUAGAGUUGGUGUCAUUUGGGGGGUUUUAGUCCAUCCUCUUUGUGUGCAAAAAAAUGCUUUACUUCUGAAAUAUGCUGAUAAAUUUGUAAAUAUUAAGCAACAAAUGCACUCUGUGCCAUAUUCAGUAUUUGAAAUUGAUUUUAUACUAUCUACUAUGUUGCAAGGCAGUGUCCGAAAAAGGCAACUUGACUACAGCUAUGGCUAGAUCGCACUCAGUCGCAAGUUUCUUGUAGUUACUUUGAUCUUGGGCAAGUGUUACGAAUAGGUCGUGGAGAGCUGCUUCAGUAGAAAAUACUGCUUGAUAGUUUGCUGCUUAGCAGAAAUAAGUAGGAUAGCAGUCACAAAAUGUGACAUGGUAUUUUGGCUGAUAUCCCUGUUCUGAUAAGCAGACUUUUGAUGUACUUGGCUACUUUUUGUGCUUAAGAAGCUCUUUGAAAUGGAGCCCUAAUAACAGAAUGCCUUCCCAUCUCCAAGCAGCCAUCCAAUGUCAUGUCAGAAAUGAUGUGCGUUGCCUUCCAGCAGCCGAUUUCACAAAACUUUACGCAACUGCGUAAGUCUGCUUGCGCAAUGUGUAUGGCGCAAGUUGUCCUUCAAUAAGGUUGUUUAUGAAUGAAAGGUAUACAGGUACAUCAUGUUGAGUUGGAGUCUGUGUCCAAGGAUCUUUGAGUUGCGGAGUUCCUAUACAAGCUCCAAAUGCUCCACAAUUAAUAGGUCACAAUAACACUUAUUUCUGUGUUUGUUUCAGGGUUUUAAUAUUUUUUUUGUUUUUUAAUUGUAUACUCCCAAUAAUAUGGUUACUUUGCUGGUUAGGAAAUUGUGUCUUUAACUAGAAAGAAAACAACCUAAACUUUACACGGAAACCAGGUCAAACAGUAAAAUAACAUUUGUUUUGCAUAAAGGACUUCGGACUGCCAUGGUUGUGUUGUCUGAUCAUCUACAAAUCAGAGUAGAUUUGUCGAACUUGUAGUGAUUUUAGCAUACUUGUUUCUAUUUGAUUAAAAUAAAACUUAUGCUUGAAAGCCAAAUACCCUUGGAGUCCUCCAAAUAGUGAACUAAUGUAUAACGAAACGUCCUAUAUUUCCUUCCUCAAUGAAACGUCCAAAUGUGUUGGCUCUGAUAGGUAAAUCUAGUAUUAGUCGGGCAAGCUGUUUUAAAACCUACAUGAAGAGUCAUAGUUUUAGGGUAUGAAUCAACCAUUUUGAUUCUCAUUGCAAAAGUAAUAGUUUAGGGUAUGAAUCAACCAUUUUGAUUCUCAUUGCACAAAACAAAAACAACAAGGCUGAAAGAGAGGUAGUGUCCAAUUUAGUGGCUACGUCUAUUGGCUUGAUAGGACAUCUAUAACCACACCCUUAGCAACAGUGCAGCCCUAGCCACGUCAUCACCUACCUCCAUGGUUAAAGUAUAAGGUGACCAUAUCAACACCCUUAGCAACAGUAUCUCUAGCUAUAGCCACACGGCUACGUCUAUUGCUUGAUCGCUGUUUCGUCAUGUGUUAAAGUAUAGGAUUUCAUUAGCAGUAGUCCUCUUUAGCUGUAAAGUAGCCACCAAUUCGGAUACGGCCUGAUUUACAAAAAAUAUAUUGUAGUCGGGUACUCCUGUUAAUAGUCACACAAGUACUAAUCAAGAUCGCAGUAAAUCAAAUCCUGUCUUAGGGAACUAGACAAGUAGAUUUCAAACUUAGGACCGAUUACAUAUACACUGGUAAACUUGUUUAUUUCUAUUUGUAAAUGUAUAUUGGCAUAUAGUAUUCUAUCAAUUCAAAAUAGUUUUCAUUUUUAUUAUAUUUUAUAGCUUCUUUUAAUUAUUUCUUAAUGUAAAAUAGAUUAAAUAAUGUGAACGUAAUAUUAUAAUAACCAUUUUCAUAGAAUUUGUAUAAUUAAUAUUGUAAUUUGUGUUUGCACAAACUUACAGUCACAUUCAGAGUCAAUGCAGAGUUAGUACAUUUGGAAUAUUGGUGAAAAAUAUAUUUUUUUUAUUUACUGUACUUGCUCAAAUUUUAUAGCAAUGCUUACUGAGUAAUUCUGCGCUUAUUGUCACCAUUAUUUGCUUGCAGGGUAAGCAUCAAGUUUCUGUGUAAGCAAAAAAAUAGGCCGAAGUACACAGUUGCUCACAAGCAUGGUUUUUCUUUUUCUUUUUUCCCGCUUACAGUAAUAAGCAGAACCAUGAACUUUAGUUCGUAUGGUGUGAAAUUUGUAAUAACCAAUAAUCAUUUUCUCAAUUUGUUUAUCUAUCGGUAAGCUCCUUUAGAAUCAAGUUAAGUGAGUUGUCGGGCUGUGAAGUACAUGUUUGUAUCGUGGUACGGGGUGGUUGGGUUGGCUUAUAGGUAUCUUUCCUCGCCUUCCACGUCUAUAGGAUCCUGGUUCGAAUCACGCCAUGGACACUAUAAGUAGAUUGGGUUUUCAGUCCCUACCGGUUUGCUUUGUUUCAACCUGAAAUAAUUCACUGGGGUUUUCAUCCAACAUUAAAACCGGAACUCGUAGGCUUCACAACCAGAAUUUGUAAAUAAAUAUUUUUGAUCAUACCUUGAAACAAAACUGUUAAUUUAUGAUAAACAAUCACAAAAUAACUGUACUAUUUUAUUAAUUUGUUUAUAUUGAGGGUUAUUUUUAUAAACUUGACAGGGGCCUCAUUACCGAUUGUCAUUUAGGAAAGAAGUAUUGCCAAUUGUUAUUUGCCAAACUAAAAACAGUAUACUCAGGUUAAAACAACUUCCAAAAUGAAAAGGUUAUUCAUCAGUGUUUCCUUCAAACGUUUACAUUGUCAUGUAAAAGUUGUUUUUUAUUUGUUUAAUAUGUUUAUGAAUCUCAAAGUGGGACUAAAAUAAAGUACGCUUCCAAAAAUCAAAUGAUGAGAUAAUCUUAAAAAUGUCUUUACAUUAUAGGAAAAUAUUAUCGUUAGAACUAAUGUAGACUUAUUAGACUUCAACUGCCAUUAUAUGUUUUGAUUAAGUAAUUUCCUCUAAAUAAAAAGGUUUCAGUGAA